UACAUACGCUUCAGACUCCGCUAACCCAGAAAUAUUACCUCGUGUUAAGAACUUUGCUUCAGGAUGAGAACAGAAAUUGGGCAGCGGCGGCGCGGCAGCAGCAGGAGGCCCCAUCAGCUAAAGCAGUGCUUCAGGUUAAGAACAGUUUCAGGUUAAGAGAAUGGACCUCCAGAACAAAUUAAGUACUUAACCUGAGGUAGGGUAAACGGGCCCCUGACUGUUAGGUCCAGUCAUGGACGACUCUGGGUUUGCGGCGCUCAUCUCGCUUUAUUGGCCGAGGGAGCCGGCGUACAGCUUCCGGGUCAUGUGGCCAACAUGACUAAGCCGCUUCUGGCGAACCAGAGCAGCGCACGGAAACGCCGUUUACCUUCCCGCCAGAGCGGUACCUAUUGAUCUACUUGGACUUUGACGUGCUUUCAAACGUCAUCAUCCCCUCCAACAUUUCUCCCAUGAAAAUAGGGACGUUCUGCCACCCCCUCCGACGUUUCUCCUGUGAAAAUAGGGACGUUCUGCCACCCCCUCCGACGUUUCUCCCGUGAAAAUAGGGACGUUCUGCCAUCCCUUCCGACGUUUCUCCCGUGAAAAUAGGGACGUUCUGCCAUCCCCUCCAACAUUUCUCUCGUGAAAAUGGAGAUCUUUUACCACCCCCUCCGACGUUUCUCCCGUGAAAAUAGGGACGUUCUGCCACCCCCUCCGACGUUUCUCCCGUGAAAAUAGGGACGUUCUGCCAUCCCCUCCGACAUUUCUCUCGUGAAAAUGGAGAUCUUUUACCACCCCCUCCGACGUUUCUCCCGUGAAAAUAGGGACGUUCUGCCAUCCCCUCCGACGUUUCUCCCAUGAAAAUAGGGACGUUCUGCCAUCCCCUCCGACAUUUCUCUCGUGAAAAUGGAGAUCUUUUACCACCCCCUCCGACGUUUCUCCCGUGAAAAUAGGGACGUUCUGCCAUCCCCUCCGACGUUUCUCCCGUGAAAAUAGGGACGUUCUGCCAUCCCCUCCGACGUUUCUCCCAUGAAAAUAGGGACGUUCUGCCAUCCCCUCCGACGUUUCUCCCAUGAAAAUAGGGACGUUCUGCCAUCCCCUCCGACGUUUCUCCCAUGAAAAUAGGGAUGUUCUGCCAUCUCUUUCGACGUUUCUCCCAUGAAAAUAGGGACAUUCUGCCAUCCCCUCCGACGUUUCUCCCAUGAAAAUAGGGACAUUCUGCCAUCCCCUCCGACGUUUCUCCCAUGAAAAUAGGGACAUUCUGCCAUCCCCUCCGACGUUUCUCCCAUGUAAAUAGGGACGUUCUGCCAUCCCCUCUGACAUUUCUCCCAUGAAAAUAGGGACGUUCUGCCAUCCCCUCCGACGUUUCUCCCAUGAAAAUAGGGACAUUCUGCCAUCCCCUCCGACGUUUCUCCCAUGAAAAUAGGGACAUUCUGCCAUCCCCUCCGACGUUUCUCCCAUGUAAAUAGGGACGUUCUGCCAUCCCCUCUGACAUUUCUCCCAUGAAAAUAGGGACGUUCUGCCAUCCCCUCCGACGUUUCUCCCAUGUAAAUAGGGACGCUCUCCAUUCCUUUCCCCAAGUGAUUUCACAUAGAGGUUUCUCCCCCAUUUGUUGGUUAACGUCACAUUUUUUUUAGCCGAAAUUGGUUGUUAUUAUUACGAUUAUUUUAUUUAUGAUUUUCAAUUCUAUACAUUCCAAUAACUUUACAAUCCUUCUAACAUUUCAAAAUUCAACUUCCUUCCCCCUUGUUCUGCGCUUCCUUAAUUUAAUUUUUUUAUUGUGCAGAUUCUUUUGCAAAGGGGAAAAGCCUCAUUUUUGGGGGGUUCACGGUUGUUGAGCUUACUUUGCAAAGGGGGAAAAUCCUGUUUUUAUGGGGUUCAACUCAAAGUUCUGCAGCUUUUUUUUUUAAUAUUAGUUGAAUAUAAUAACAACAUCUAAUCAAAUACAAGCAAUAAAAUACAGUUUCCCCCUAACCCCACCUCCCAAAAACCAACCCCAACUACGUCCAGGUAAUUUACAUUAGUAUUAUAAUCAAAUGAAAAAUUAUUUCUACAGUUGCUUGUUUAAAAAAAAUCUCAUUUCACCUGCUCCUUAGGUGAUUUAAAUACAUGUUCUUUCUUUGAUGCAUAUGUAAUAAAGGAGGACCACGUUAGGUAAAAGUUACGUAGUUUCUCACGUUGUUUUCUGUCACCUACCCUUUCUGUUAACUUUUCCAUAAAAAUUAAUUCCUUAAAAUUAAAUUAAAAUUAAGGUUCACGUUUAAUGUCCUCCGCUGUCUAGCAGCGGCAAGACGUGCAGCAGUUCUAAGAUGCACAAUGAAGUAUUUUGUCUCUAAGAUUUUGUGCUUCAUCUGCAAAUAGAGAAAGUAAUGCUAUUUUGGGAUCUCAAUUGAUCAAUUGAUAUGGAAUUGGUUCCAUUUCCUGGGCAGGAUCUUUAGGAAAGGGAAGGGAGCCGUUUCUGCAGUUUCCGGACAUAAUUUUUUUAAAGAAAUGCUUCUUAUUAAGUUUUCAUUUCAAAUACACCAACAAAAUACAUAGAUAUUUCAAAUCUUUUUAGAUCUGUCCAGACAUAAUCUAAUCAGCCGGUUGUGUGUCGCCGGGAAGAAAAUGGCCUCCAUCUGCAGAAAAUUCAGCAAUGGAGACCUGGGCAAGGGCAGCGAUCGACCCCACAUUCGCUCCAUAAGACGCACAGACACUUCCCCUCUUUAGGAGGAAAAAACCGAAUCGGAACACACUUAUCUGUGCUGCAGUAGCGAAGGCGAAAGCGACAGCUCACCAUAUUAAAGCUUAUUUUUUCCCCUCCUCCUUCUGUAGGAAAUAAAUAUAUCCCAGCCGUAUUGCGAGCGAUUGAUACGAAACUUUGUGCCGUGUGAUGAUAAUGAUGAUGAUGAUAAUAAUUUAUGAUUUGUACCCCGCCCAUCUGGCUGGCUUUCCCCAGCCGCUCUGGGCAGCUUUCAACAAAGACCAAAAUUACACAAAAAUGUCAUUCAUGAAAAACGUCCCUGAACAGGGCUGCCUUCAGAUGUCUUCUAAAUGUCAUAUAGUUGUUUAUUUCUCUAACAUCCAGUGGCGUAGCGUGCGGGGUGCAGGGGGGGCCGGCCGCACCGGGCGCAACAUCUGGGGGGGCGCACUCGCACUUGCAGCUCUCUGCCCCUACCUGGCUCACUCACUCUCUCUCACUGCAGGGCUGGCUGUGCGAAUCCGAUCCGAGCCGCUGGGUCGCCGCCCACUGUGGAGGGGGUGGGUGCCAGGCGUGCGGUGCGGAGAGAGAGCGAGGGACUAUCUGGGGGAGGGACAGUCCGGCGGCCGCCCAGCGCAGCGCUGAGCGCAGGAGAGAACCACACCAGACCAGACCAGGCAGCAGCAAGAAGAAGCUGGCAGCGGCGGCAGGUUAGGGGUUAGGGGGCGCAAAUUACUUGCCUUGCCCCGGGUGCUGACAACCCACGCUACGCCGCUGCUAACACCUGAUGGGAGGGUGCCACCACCGAGAAGGCCCUCUGCCUGGUUCCCUGUAGCUUUGCUUCUCCAGCUACAACAUUUAGUGGGGGGGUUGGAAUUUUAUUUAAAAAUAACACGAAUUGCAACACACUAUCUGUGUGCUGCAAUAGCAAAGGCUAAAGCGACAGCUCACCAUAUUAAAUCUUGCCCCCUCUCCUCCUCCUGUAGGAAAUAGAUAUAUUCCAGCCGUGUUGCAAGCGAUUGAUAGGAAACUUGGUGCCGUGCGAUUCCAGCUAUGACCUUUGGGGGGGGGAGAAAAACAUUCAACAAUGGAGGCCUGGGCAAGGGGCCAGCGACGGACCCCACAUUCACUCCAUAAGAUGCACAGACCUCUCCCCUUCCUUUUUAGGAGGAAAAAGUGUCUUACGGAGCGAAAAAUACGGUAGUUGCUCUAGAAGGUGCUACUGGACUGUUUGCCUACCCCUGCCCUGAACUGAAUCCCCUGGGUCCCUUCCCCGGCCGGUGGCACCGAGGUCCCCUGGACCACCUCUCCUGGUCUGCCCCACGGAGGACCUUAAGGGCCAUAAAUAGCAACACCCUAGAGGGUGUUAGCCUCUAUUGCUGAAAGGUUCUUACAAGCAAUUUGUCCUCAAAUAUGAUGCUCGACUGCCCCUCAGUGGCCGAAUGUGGAUUUGCAGCAUGUCCUAAUCCUGCUCUGUCUCCCUGAGCUGCUCACACUGUGCUGAUGUCACACAUAACAGGCCCACUUUAUCUUCUGCUUUCCGUGCUCUUAUCUGUGCAUUUCCCCCCGCACACACACACAGCCCAAGCCAGUGUUAUAAGAAUGCGGCCUAGGACCCUCGUACCUAUGGGACUGCCCCUCCUGGUAUGCCCCUCGGAGGACCUUAAGGUUCAUCAAUAGCAACACCCUAGAGGUCCUGGGCCCUAAGGAAGUCAGAUUAGCCUCAGCCAGUGCCAGGGCCUUUUCAGCACUGGCCCCGGCCUGGUGGAACGCUCUGUCUCAUGAGACCAGGGCCCUCCAGGAUCUGAUUUCUUUCCGCAGGGCCUGUGAGACAGAGUUUUUCCGCCUGGCCUUUGGCUUGGGAUCAACUUGAUUCCCCCCCCCUUUCUUUUUCCUUUCUACUCCUGUGAUGAGGCUGCAUUUUAAUGUUUUAAUGUUGUAUUUUAAUCUCAUUUUUAACUUGUUUUUAUUAUUGGUUGUUAGCCGCCCUGAGCCCAGCCUUGGCUGGGGAGGGCGGGGUAUAAAUAAAAUUUAUUAUUAUUAUUAUUAUUAUUGCUCCAUAAGACACAAUCCCCCCUCCUUUUUUCCUUUCUUCUCCUGUGAUGAGGCUGCAUUUUAACGUUGCGUUUUAAUCUUGUUUUUUAAGUUGCAUUUCAAUCAACUUGUUUUUUAUUGGUUGUUAGCCGCCCUGAGCCCGGUCUUGGUUGGGGAGGGCGGGGUAGAAAUAAUUUAUUAUUAUUAUUAUUAUUAUUAAAACUGCCCCAUGUCCCCUUUGUCUCCCUGGCCAAACUGCGUCCUUGUCUCCGCGUCUCACCCGCUGCUGUCUCCUCCUCCCCCCCCCCUUUGCAGGCGACCGGGCAGAGCAGCGCACCUGCCUGAUUUGCGGCGACCGUGCCACCGGCCUCCACUACGGCAUCAUCUCCUGCGAGGGCUGCAAGGGCUUCUUCAAGCGCAGCAUCUGCAACAAGAGGGUCUACCGGUGCAGCCGCGACAAGAACUGCGUCAUGUCCCGCAAGCAGCGCAACCGCUGCCAGUACUGCCGCCUGCUCAAGUGCCUGCAGAUGGGCAUGAAUCGGAAAGGUACCUUGGGCGUUAUUGCCGCCUGGGCUGGGGCCGGAGGUGGUAAUAAUAAGAAUAAAAUUUUAUUUAUGGUAUUUUUUGCUAAAAAGUAAGGGGAAAUUUCUGUGCGCCUUACGGAGCAAAUGCGUGGUCCCUGGAGCCGAAUUUUUUUGAAAGAGGGAAGAUCGCAAGUGAUUGGAAGCGAGAUAAGGGACGCUAGCAAUAAAGGAGGCUGCCUGGGAGGGGGGGAGGUAAAGACAGCAAAAUUGCAAGGAGAGGAGUCAGGAAGACUAAAUCAAUGAGGAAAGAAAUUAGAAAAAAAGGAGGAGCAAAAAACUGUUCCAGCUAAGGAAAAUACACUAAGGCAAAGAGGGGAGAAGGGAGUGUUGAAAGGAAGCAGCUGAUCGGUGGGAUCGGGAGAGACAUAAGGGACGCUAGCGAUAAAGGAGGCUGCAGGGGGGGAGGUGAAAGCCCAUGGAUCCUCAGGAUUUUUACAUUGGGUCACCCCAAAUUCACCAUCAGAUCACAUAGCAUGUCCAUGUCUACAGCCUACACCAAAAAUAUCACGCAUCCACUGUUUCCUGGGGCUACAAUGGUACAAAAAUGUGGUUACAAAGCAUGGAUCCACAUGGAUCCUCAGGAUUUUUGCAUUUGGCUACCCCAAACUCACCGUCAAAUCACAUGUCUGUGGCCACAGCAUUAACCACCAAAAUCAUACACCCGCUGUUUCGUUGAGAAUAUUUUUUUUCUUGUUUUCCUCCUCUAAAAACUAGGUGCUUCUUAUGGUCAGGUGCGUCUUAUGGAGCGAAAAAACCCGGUAUAUCCUGCCCUCCCCAGCCAAAGCAGGACUCAGAGCGGCUAACAACAGUAAAGCAAUACAGCAUUCUAAAAUCAGUUCAUUCUAAAAUCAAAUUAAUGGCAACCAUUGGGCUAGAGUUCUGUGAGGAUUGCCAAAGGAGGGGGUCAGGCUAUGCCUUGGCCAAAGGCCCGGCGGAACAGCUCUGUCUUGCAGGCCCUGCGGAAAGAUGUCAAGUCCCGCAGGGCCCUAGUCUCUUGUGACAGAGCGUUCCACCAGGUCGGGGCCAUGGUCGAAAAAGCCCUGGCUCUGGUGGAGGCCAGCCUAAACUCCCUGUGGCCCGGGACCUCCGAGAUGUUUUUGUUUGAGGACCACGGGACGUACCAGGAGAGGCGGUCCCAUAGGUACGAGGGUCCUAGGCCGUAUAGGGCUUUGAAGGUUAAAACAAGCACCUUGAACCUGAUCCUGUCCUCCACCGGGAGCCAGUGCAGCUGGUAUAGCACCGGGUGAAUGUGAUCCCGCUGCAAGGAGCCCGUAAGGAGUCUCGCCGCGGCAUUCUGCACCCGCUGGAGUUUCUGGGUCAGUCUCAAGGGCAACCCCAUGUAGAGCGAGUUGCAGUAAUCCAGUCUGGAGGCGACCGUUGCAUGGAGUAGCUCAGCGCACGUCCUCCGAGUUUUUUCUAAUCAAGCCUUCUGUGGGCGACUCGCCCCAGAGCCUUUGGGGAGCCCCUUGCUCUCAUGCGCGCCCCAGAAGCUGGCCUCCAGAAGUGCCAGCACCCUCCUCUGCUGCCGGCCAGCUGGAGGUCCCCGCAGUUGGAGAGAUCUGUCAGCCCACGUUCUCCCUUAAUAAUAAUAAUAAUAAUAAUUUAUUAUUUAUACCCUGCCCAUCUGACUGGGCUUCCCCAGCCACUCUGGGCGGCUUCCAACAAAAUAUUAAAAUACAAUAGUCUAUUAAACGUUCAAAACUUUCCUAAACAGGGCUGCCUUCAGAUGUCUUCUCAAAGUCUGGUUGUUGUUGUUCUCUUUGACAUCUGGUGGGAGGGCGUUCCACAGGGCGGGCGCCACCAGCGAGAAGGCCCUCCGCCUGGUUCCCUGUAACUUGGCUUCUUGCAGCGAGGGAACCGCCAGAAGGCCCUUGGAGAUGGACUCUGGCAUCCGGACAGAACAAUGGGGGUGGAGACGCUCCUUCCGAUACACUGGACCAAGGCCCCAAAUUAAGAAAUCUGCAUUUUUCAGGUCACCAGAGCUGCCAAGCUCUUCCUUGGGGUGAUUUCAAAGUUCUUGAGGCUUCUUUUGCUGGGGCAGUGGCCCUCAAAUUUGCCAAUGGAAACUGCGUAGGAGACGAACCCCCCCCUUUUUUUUUGCUCAAAAAAUUCAGGAGAGAACAUCGUGCUUAACGGGACCACCCCUCCUGGUAUGUCCCACAGAGGACCCUAAGGUCCAUGAAUAAGAAUAGCUUAAAGGUCCCGGGCCCUAAGGAAGUCAGAUUAUCCUCCACCAGGGCCAGGGCCUUUUUAGUGGUGGCUCCGACCUGGUGGAACGCUCUGUCCCACAAGACUAGGGCCUGUAAGACGGAGCUAUUCUGCCUGGCCUUCAGUCUGAAUUAGCCUGAUCCCCUAUUCCCUUUCCCCCCUCCCCUUCUAUGAAGAAACCCUUUCUGGGACCCACAUUUAAAUUCUUCCCUGGUCUCCUUGCUGGCCGUUGUAGGACCAACUUGGCUGGUUAGCCCUGGCGAUCAUUUGAUGUCUACGGACUGGGAUUCCCCCCCACCAAAAAAAUGACCCCCGGAUUUUUGAAUUUUCUUGAUAUUGAUGCUGCAUUUGUGUUGUAUUAUAUGCUAUUUUUAAGUCACAUUUUAAUCAGUGUUUUGUAUUUGUUGUUAGCCGCCCUGAGCCUGGUUUUUAAACCGGGAAGGGUGGGGUAUAAAUUUAUUAUUAUUAUUAUUUAUUAUGCACGGGAAAACACGGUAUAUAUUUGCUGUGUUUGACGUCGUCAUGUUGCUUCCUUUUUUUCCUUCUCCCCCCUUUCCCAACAUUAUUUCCUGACACUGAUCCUUUGGUUUUAUCUGGCCGGGCUGGAGCGUGAAGUGAAUUUUUAAUGUCUGCUGAUGCCGAGGGGGUUCUGUUGUUGAGAAGUUAGAGGAAGGAAGCAAGCAAGGAAGGAAGAUUCCCCAGAAACUCUUUUAGCAGGGGUCUUCCUAGGUCCUAAGAAAAAAAAAAAGGUUCCCCCAGACCCUUUUAGCAGGUCAUUCCAGGUGCAAAGAAAUAAAGAUAGUGGCAUCUACGCACAAUUUUUUUAAAAAAAGCUCUGAAACAUUUUGAAAAAGAAGUUGAGUUUUGUGUAGCUCCCUGUCUAGCUCUAGCUGGGAGCUGGGGGCACUGUUAUACAGUGGUUUCGCUCCUUCCUCCUGGGCCGUGUUCCGAAAGUGGUGGUGGGGGAUAAGUGUUCAGACCCCUGGGCCCUCACUUGUGGGGUGCCUCAGGGUUCUGUCCUCUCCCCCAUGCUUUUUAACAUCUAUAUGAAGCCGCUGGGAGAGAUCAUCAGGGGAUUUGGACUGGGUGUCCAUCAAUAUGCAGAUGAUACCCAGCUCUACCUCUCUUUCAAAUCAGAACCAGUGAAGGCGGUGAAGGUCCUGUGUGAGUGCCUGGAGGCGGUUGGAGGAUGGAUGGCGGCUAAUGGAUUGAAGUUGAAUCCUGACAAGACAGAAGUAUUGUUUUUGGGGGACAGGGGGUGGGCUGGUGUGGAGGACUCCUGGUCCUGAAUAGGGUAACUGUGCCCCUGAAGGACCAGGUGUGCAGCCUGGGAGUCAUUUUGGACUCACAGCUGUCCAUGGAGGCGCAGGUCAAUUCUGUAUCCAGGGCAGCUGUCUACCAACUCCACCUGGUACGCAGGCUGAGACCCUACCUGCCCGCGGACUGUCUUGCCAGAGUGGUGCAUGCUCUAGUUAUCUCCCGCUUGGACUACUGCAAUGCGCUCUACGUGGGGCUACCUUUGAAGGUGACCCGGAAACUACAAUUAACCCAGAAUGCGGCAGCUAGACUGGUGACUGGGGCGGCCGCCGAGACCACAUAACACCGGUCUUGAAAGACCUACAUUGGCUCCCAGUACGUUUCCGAGCACAAUUCAAAGUGCUGGUGUUGACCUUUAAAGCCCUAAACGGCCUCGGCCCAGUAUACCUGAAGGAGCGUCUCCACCCCGAUCAUCCAGCCCGGACACUGAGGUCCAGCGCCGAGGGCCUUCUGGUGGUUCCCUCAUUGCGAGAAGCAAAGCUGCAGGGAACCAGGCAGAGGGCCUUCUCGGUAGUGGCGCCUGCCCUGUGGAACGCCCUCCCAUCAGAUGUCAAAGCGAUAAAUAACUACCUGACAUUUAGAAGACAUCUUAAGGCAGCCCUGUUCAGGGAAGUUUUUAAUCUGUGAUAUUUCACUGUAUUUUUUGUUUCUAUGGAAGCCGCCCAGAGUGGCUGGGGAACAAAUAAUAUAUUAUUAUUAUUAUUAUUAUUAUUAUUGUUAAAACAUUAAUGUGUUAACAUUGCAUUUCACUCUUGUUUUUUCAGUUGCAUUUUAAUCCACUUGCUUUGAUUAUUGGCUGUUAGCCGCCCUGAGCCCGGCCUUGGCUGGGGAGGGUGGGGUAUAAAUAAAAUGUUUUAUUAUCAUUAUUAUUAUUAGUGCCCCCUUUGUAUAUUGUGCUUUAAAACCCUUGCCUUGCAGCCGAGUCCUGGAUGUGAACCCAGAGGCCCUUGCUCGUUUCGCAGGGAAUGGCGUGGAAGCGAAACCCACGCGUUGUUUCGUCGCCGCGGUUCCCCCCUGCAAAAAAUGGGCAGGGGAUCAGGAGCCGCGUGCGAAAGGCUGCGAAGCGGAUUGUCUCCCCUCCCGGGGCACCGGGCUUUUUUGGGCGGGGUCGUUUGCCGCUGCGGCUGAGACCGAAGGGCUGUGCUGGCCAGGACCGAAGGGCGAGGGGCACAGGAUUGGGGGGCAGCGGCGGCCAGGGAGAGAGCAGCCGCAGUCCUAGAGCGCAACCACUAGGGGGAGCCUGCUUGGAUCACUGGCCCACAGGCAGAGGCCAAACCGCCCCCACUUUCUCUCCUGAGGAUCGGUUGGCUGGAUCGCCCAAAAUCUGAGAGUUAUGGGCACCAUUCUUUCGCUCCGAUUUCUCUCGAAUUUCAGGUGAUCCGGCCAACAGAUCCUCGGGAGAGAAACCGGCGUGAAAGAAUGGUGCCCAUAACUCUCGGAUUUCGGAAAUCCGAAAGUUACAGGCACCAUUCUUUUCCUCCGCUUUCUCUUCCAAGGAUCCGUUGGCCGGAUCAACUGAAAUCUGAGAAUUAUGGGCCCUGUGCCACGGAGACGAUCCUUGCCUGCUGGCCCGUUUUUCCUCUCCUGCUUCAGUCCAGCUUGUUGGCCUUUCCCUUCGGUGCCUCUGAGCGCCAUUUCGACUUCUUUACAAUUAAAAAUAUAUAUAAAUUUAUUUUCCGUUUUUGUCGCGGUCACGGACUUCCAAUGCUAAUGCGUAUUAGGCUUCCCCCCCCCUUUGUGGUUCCUUAUCCAUUUUAAUCAGGCAGCCCCAACCUUCAGUUCCCGGGUGGCCCACCCCGCCCGCCCCUCCCGUGGCAACGGGCGGGGGGAGGCUGGGGUGCCCGUGGGCCAGUCCCUAACCAUCUGCUCUCGCUGCCUUCUUGUUUUUCAAGCAAUUCGCGAAGAUGGCAUGCCCGGAGGCAGGAACAAGAGCAUCGGACCUGUCCAGGUGAGCGGCCGUUGGGUUUCUCUCAAGUAGGCACCCCCCAAAACCUUCGGCCCUCCCGAUGUUCGCGUGCUGCCAAAUAGAGCAGUUCUUUCCAAGGAUUAUCGGGACAAAAGGAAUGAGGAGGCGGAAAGGGAAGCGAAGCAGUUUUAUUAACAAAUAAAACCUACCCGACAGGGGCUACCCAAUCUCCCCUUCAGUUGCCCAGAGCCCCCCAGGUAGAGCAGCAGGACAGAGGCCCCAGCCGUCGGGUCUCCCACCAUUGGGUCCUUUGAUUUGGGUAGAAGCCCCUCCCACCUUACGGCUUUUAUAGCCUGCCUUGAUGUCAUCCAGGGGACCCCACUCAUGGUCAGCCCCGGACCCCAAGACGGAAUUAACGACGAACGACCGAUCUUUCCCCAAAGUCGACUGUUCCUGGGCACCCAGUACGGGCGCGUGAACGGAACCUGGCAAGGGAUAAAAAUGUCCAGAAGAGGUGGAAGACCCUCACCCGAAGGAUUGGGUUCUUCUGUGUUGCAAGUGCCGGCUGCAGGGAGGCUCUCAGCCGCUCUGUAUUAAUUCCAUCUCAGGGUCCUGGGCUAAUCACGAGUCACACCAGGUGCCCUUGAUGACGUCCAGGAAGAAAAGCAAAUCAAUACUCGAUAGGAACAAAAACUAAUCCAUUCAAAAGUACGCAUUCUGACAAGGAUUACAAACUUCAGUGGAGAUUGCAAACUCAAACUCAUAAAAAUACGUAGAACACAAUAAUUCAUUACAGAAUUAUAAGAGUUUAUGAGUAGAGAUAAGUUAACAUAAUCCAGAUUCGUCGUGGAUGUCUUCGUUUCAAUCAUUGAGCAAAAGUCGGAAGUCAAUUAUGGAUUAGAAACCAGGACAACGUUCUUAUCCCUUGCCUGGUUCCGUUCAUGUGCUUGUCCUGGGUGCCCGGGAGCCAUCGUCUUUGGGAGAAGAUCGGUUGUUCAUCCUUAAUUCCAUCUUCCAUUUAUUUGUUAAUAAAACUGUUUCGGUUCCUCUUCCACCUCCUCAUCCCUUUUGUCCUGAUCUCCUUGGAAAAAACUGCUGUAUUUGGCAGCACAGUUUGGGACUACAAUUCCCAUCCUCCCUCGCCGCCGCUCCCGUUAGCUAGGGAUCCUGGGAGUUGUAGGCCCCAACAUCCGGAGGGCCACAGGAGAGCACCGAGCCUACCCCGGUUGGCACAUUUUCUCGCCGCCUCCCCCCGUUUUUGUGUCCGCUUGGGUCAGGGAGGGGGCCCUUUUCCAGAACGCUGCUGGCGGCCAGACCUUGGGCUGCGUCGGCGCUCCUGCCUCCCGGUCCUGCCGCCCUUGCCCGCCCCAGCCAGCUCCCCGGGAGCUGCUUCUCCCAAAGCCAGCACCAGCCCUUUGGUCCGUGCCGAGCCCUCCAGAAAGCUGGCCGCGCCGCAGUUUCCGAAGCCGCCCGGGGAACGUCCGCUUGGCGGGUGGGGUGGCUUGCCCGGAGAGGUCUUGCGAAACUCCGGGCAGUUUAGGUCCUGGCCAAGAGAAGGCGCCCAACGGCUCUUGCCAGGCCGCGGUGUUUUUCCGGGGACAGGGGGCCACGGUGGGAAUGCGCAACGGCACCUUUGGGGAGUCUCUGGCCUCGCCCUCUGGCAAGCUGUGCCGUGGAUUCUCCCCACAAAUCAUGGCUGGAGAAUCCAGGUAACGGGGGUCCCCAGAGAGUUGGCCUGGCUGCCCCCUUUUUCCUGGGAAACGUCUGAGCUGAAGGGGGCCUGUGAUUUUUGGAGCGAUCAGGGGAGAGAAUUCAUUUCCAUGAAAGGGAUCCGAGGUAAUUUCCGUUCUGUCUUUUUAGCCGCACGCUAGCAGAAAAGCAUCAUUUAAAAAUCUGUAAGAAAUGUUAUUUGUAGAUAAGCAGCCCCCAAAAGCAGAAAAAACCCAUGUCGUUACCCUCGGGACGUUGUAAGGCUGUUGCAGCAAAACAACAUAUACAUAUGUUAUAUAUAUGUAACGAUAUUUGUAGAUAAGCGGCCCCCAAAACAGCCAGUUCCUGGCAGAAAAAACCAUACAGUGGACGCUCGGGUUGUGAAUGUGAUCCGUUCUGGCUUCUGAGAUUCAGAAUAUUUUUUUUCUUGUUUUCCUCCUCCAAAAACUAGGUGCUAUUUAUAAAUAUAGUUUUGCUGCAGCAGCCUUACAGUGUCCAAAGGACGUUGCUAAGGCCCUUGCAAGGCCGUUGCUGGAAUAAAAACCCGCUUGAGCCGACAGGUGAAAGAACAGGAGGAGCUUUCUGGGAGAGGGUGUUCAAAGGACGUUGCUAAGGCGCUUUCAAGGCCGUUGCUGGAAUAAAAAACCCACUUGAGCCGACUGGUGAAAGAGCAGGAGGAGCCUUCUGGCAAAGGGUGUCCUCGGCUGAGCGCUGAACACACCUCGCUCCACCGCCACCAAAGGGGACGGCAGGGUAGCAGCUCAAAGGCUGGCAGGGAGCUGGCGUGGCACAGCCCUGAGAACCCAUUCUUCGCUUCGGCUCGCUGGCCGCUCGACCCUUGGAGGGGGCCGGCUUGAGUAAAGGCCGGGGCGUGUGCGUGUCCCUCUUCUCCUUCUCACCCUCCCCCGCAGAUCUCUGAGGAGGAAAUCGAGAGGAUCAUGUCUGGGCAGGAAUUCGAAGGCGAGGCCAACAUCUCAUGGAGCAACAACGGAGACAGCGACAACAGCUCCCCUGGAAAUGGGGUCUCAGAGAGCAACCAGCCCUCGCCCGUCUCAACGCCGUCGUCAAGGUGGGACGUUGGGGGGGCGGGGAAAGGUUCUCGGGCCAGACGAGAACGGGGGUCGGGAGGCGAUUCUCGCACUCGGGCCCGGUACCCUGCUGGGGUGCAAUCAGCUUGUUGAUUUAUUAAAUUUAUAUACCCGGGGGUCUCGACAUGGGGGUGGGGAAGUUCUCAGGCUGUAUGAGACCGGUGUGUGGGUGUCGGGAGGCGGUUCUCGCAUUUGGGUCUGGUAGCUCACCGGGGUGCACAUUGAUUAUUAAUAUUACUUAUUAAUUUUAUUAUUAUUAAAUUUAUAUACCUGGGGGUCUUGGCUCCAUCUUCAAGGUGGUACACGGGGGGCGAUGAAAAGAUCUUGGGCCAGACCAGAACGGGAGUCGGGGGGGUCAGGAGGCAGUUCUCGCACUCGGGCCCGGUAGCCUACCGGGGUGCAAUCGGCACGUUGGUUAUUAACAUUAUUUAUUAAAUUUAUGUCCCCAGGGGUCUCAAUUACCGUCUUCAAGGUGGGGGGCUGGGGGAAGAUGCUCAGACCGGUCUCCAGUGGGUUUUGGGAGGGCUAUUGGGUCGUUUUUAUUUUGAUUAGGUAUUUUGUGGUUUUAUAUACCGUAUUUUUCGCUCGAUAACACGCACCCGGCCAUAACACGCAUGUAGUUUUUAGAGGAGGAAAACAAGAAAAAAAAUAUUCUAAACGAAACAGUGGAUGUAUGAUUUUUGUGGUUCAUGCUGUGGCCACAGACAUGUGAUCUGACGGUGAGUUAGGGGUAGCCCAAUGCAAAAAUCCUGAGGAUGCAUGUGGAUCCAUGUUUGUAACCACGUUUUUGCACCACUGCAGCCCCAGGCAACAGUGGGUGCGUGAUUUUUUUGGUGCAAACUGUAGCCAUGGACAUGCUAUGUGAUCUGAUGGUGAAUUUGGGGUGACCCAGUGCAAAAAUCCUGAGGGUUCAUGUGGAUCUGUGCUUUGUAACCACGUUUUAAGUGGGGAGGGAAGGAAAAGAACUCAAGGGACAAGGAACACGCGUGGAGCAGGCUCUGCUUCUCUCCCUCUCCCUCCCCCCCCCCCUUAGCGAGCUGAAAAACUUUGCUGGAGGGACAGAGAGCCUGCUUGCUUUAAAAGAGCCUAUCGGACAGGAGCCGCUUACACUCGUGUAAGCGGCUCCUGUCCGGUAGGCUCCUUUAAAGCAAGCAGGUUCUGCUUCUCUCCCUCCUCCCCGCCCCCUCCCCCCGCCCUUAGCGAGCUUAAAGCAAAGCGGGAGGAGAGAGAUACAGAGAGCCUGCUUGCUUUUUGCUUUAAAGGAGCCAACCGGACAGGAGCCGUUUACACUUGUGUAAGCGGCUCCUCUCCCGCUUUGCUCCUUUAAAGCAAGCAGGCUCUGCUUCUCUCCCUCCUCCCCCCCCCUUAGCAAGCUGAAAAUCUUUCCUGCUAUUUCCAGCAAAGCGCCGCUGGGUGGGGACAAGAGAGAUACAGAGAGCCUGCUUGCUUUAAAGGAGCCAACCGUACAGGAGCCGCUUACACUCGUGUAAGCGGCUCCUCUCCCCUCCCGCUUUGCUCCUUUAAAGAAGCAGGCACUCUGUCCCUCUCUCCUCCCCACUCAGCGGCUCUUCUCCCGCUGGAAACCACGGAGGAAGAGGGAAGCAUUCGCUCCGUAACACGUACAGACAUUUCCCCUUACUUUCUAGGAGGAAAAAAACGCGUGUUAUGGAGCGAAAACUACGGUAGAUUAUUGUUAAUAAUAAUAGUUAAUAAAGUGGGGGUUUGGGGGGUUUUCAUGUUGAUUAUAUGUUUUCAUGCUGAUUACAUGGGGCUGCCCAGAGUGGCUGGGGAAAUAACAAAUUACGGCAAUAACGUUUUGGGUUUAUAAUAUAUAAACCCACUAAUAAAUAUAAUAAUAAUUAUGUAAUAAUAAAUUUUUAUUUAUGCCCCAGCCGAGACCGGGUUCAGGGCGGCUAACACUGAAUAUAAAUGCAGUUUUAUAUUUUGAUUUUGUUUCGUGAACUGUAUAGGGCACUGCGGGCCAGAUGCCCUCCAGCUCUUUUCUGGACUACAACUCCCAUCAUCCCUAGCUCGCAGGACCAGUGGGUCAGGGAUGAUGGGAAUUGUAGUCCCCAAACAGCUGGGGGGCCACGUUUGACUCCCAUCAUCCCUAGCUCAUCGGGCCAGUGGUUAGGGAUGAUGGGAAUUGUAAAUCAAAUAUCUUUAAUACGGUCAAUGACCAGCAAGCAAUUUAUAAAAUAAAAUAUGGCAAUAUAAGUACUAUUGUACUACAGAUAACAGUGGAGAUAUGGCCAAAUCACAAAAUUGGUGCUUAUGUUUGUGACCAAGUUUCGACUUUUAAGGUUUUAAGGAUUCAAUUCAAAUGUCACUACUGUUUAUCAUUGCUCGUCUUAUUCUUGUUGCAAUGUAACAGUACUUCGCCACUGGCCUGUUGAUUUCGGGGUCUUUGUCAGCUAAGAGGUGUCUGAUAUAGGUGUCGUCUGUACUACGAGGUAUUUUCCUCAGAAUCGGCUCGAUCAGCUCUUUUCUUGAGUCUCGAUAUAAUGGGCAAUAUAAGAUGACGUGCCCGAUGGUUUCAAUUUCGUUGCUGUUACAGGGACAUAAUCUUUGUUCGAUCGGUAUUUUGUUGUAUCUUCCCUCUAGAAGAGCUGAAGGGAGAGCGUUAAAGCGGUAAAUGCCCAUCGGUGUUUAGCGUUGUCUAGAACUUUGAGAUAGUUUGCUAGAUGGGGGCUUUGGGAAUCGAAUAGGAGUUUAUGAGUUAUCGGAAGUUGACUAAAGUCAUUUUGGGCUUCAAUGUCCCUGAGUCUUUCUUUAAUUAUAUUCUUGGCCCUUCCCCUUUCUAAACUUAAUAAAUACUCUGGGGAGAGACCAUGUGUGGCCAAUUUUCUGAGAAUGCCCUUCAGCCAACUAGAUUGGAAUUUGUCAAGAAGCAUCAGGGAAAGUAGUCCAACCGGCGAGUCGUUAAGUCUUAGCCAAGUGCAUAAGGUUCUUAUCCAUACCAGGGAUGAUGGGAAUUGUAGUCGCCAAACAGCUGGGGGGCCACGUUUGACUCCCAUCAUCCCUAGCUCGCAGGACCAGUGGGUCAGGGAUGAUGGGAAUUGUAGUCCCCAAAGAGCUGGGGGGCCACGUUUGACUCCCAUCAUCCCUAUCUCACAGGACCAGUGGGUCAGGGAUGAUGGGAAUUGUAGUCCCCAAACAGCUGGGGGGCCAGGGAUGAUGGGAAUUGUAGUCCCCAAACAGCUGGGGGGCCACGUUUGACUCCCAUCAUCCCUAGCUCACAGGACCAGUGGGUCAGGGAUGAUGGGAAUUGUAGUCCCCAAACAACUGGAGGGCCAGGGAUGAUGGGAAUUGUAGUCCCCAAACAGCUGGAAGGCCAUAUUUGACUCCCAUCAUCCCUAGCUCCCAGGACAGGGAUGAUGGGAAUUGUAGUCCCAAAAUAUCCCCAAGUCUGGCCAUCGCUGGUAUAGGGUGAUAUAUUGAUUCACUCAAUCAAUCAUGGCAUGGAAUGGUGGAAGCUCUGACCCCCUCUUCCAUUUCCUGCGCUCCCCCUUCCCCUGCCUCUUAACCCCCGCCUUGCCUCUUCCAGCAGAUCUGUCGAGCUGAACGGAUUUGCCGCACUCAGGGAUCCAUACCUGGGGGGCCCAGGGCCUGCCCCCUACCAAUACCUCCCGCACCUUCAGAGCUGCCCGGCGCACUCGGCCCUGCUGCCCCCGCCCCCCCGGAGCCUCGACCCCCAGGCCCCCGCUCUCCUCAUCAGCCAGCUGGUCUCGGCCGAGGACUUGGACCCCCUCGGCACCCCCAUGCUCAUCGAAGACGGGUGAGUGGCGCACCCCCCUUUCUGCCCGCUGGGGGCCCCCUCAGAGCAGCACAGCAGGGAGCCUCGUCACACGGGGGUGGGGACAGAGCCGCUUCUGGCAAACCAGGGCAGCCAGCGCACGGAAACGCCGUUCACCUUCCCUCCGGAGCGGGACCUAUUGAUCCACUUGGACUUUUGAUGUGCUUUCAAACCACUAGGUUGGCGGGAGCAGGGACCGAGCGACAGGAUUUGAACUGACCGCCCUAGGCUCAGUGGUUUAACCCACAGCGCCACCUUUAAAGAAUGCAAAGCAGACCCGUGAAAAAGAAACCCACGGAAGGGUGGUAUUAAACGGUGCGAACGUGACGACGGCAGGUGGGCCCAUAACCGGCUCUUGCUUUGGUCCUCUAACCGCUCUCCCUCCCGCAGGUACAAAGUGACCCAGUCGGAGCUCUUCGCACUGCUGUGCCGCCUGGCCGAUGAGCUCCUUUUCCGCCAGAUCGCCUGGGUCAAGAAGUUGCCCUUCUUUGGCGAGCUAUCCAUCAAGGACUACACCUGUCUCCUGGGCUCCACCUGGCAGGAGUUGGCCCUCCUCUCCUCGCUGACCAUCUACGGCCCCCAGAUUUUCGGAGACCUGGCUGAUGUCACCGCCAAGUACUCCCCGUCCGACGAGGAGCUCCACAGGUGAGGCUGAUGGGGUGGGGGGUGGGAAGACAGCCGCGGAACUGAGAAAAUGCUGUGAAAAUCCCCAAAAUGAGAAGCAACCGGCCAGAAACAUUACCUUUACAUAACGUUACGUUAUGGAAGCACCCCUUACGUCUCACUUCUUAGAUGCUAAACGUAAGGCAACAGAUUUCAGAUGGUUGAUCAUUUAUAAACCUCAAACUCCUGAGAUAAAUGCAGAUAUUUUGAGAAAUAAAUUGCUACGGAAAGAAAUGUAUUGGAUUUUUAGAUUUGGUUCCUUAAUUCCGUCAGGUCUCAAUUCUUCUAUCGGCUUUUGUUCUUUCUUGUAAUAAUUUCUUACAACUCUAUUUAAUAUUAUUCUGGUUAUUUUUUACAAACUUUAGCAAUCCCGCCCUUUCUUGAACUAGAUGGUCUGUCCCUUCUUUCGCCUUACGGUAUAAAAACCUGUGAUUGGAAACACCCUAUAUCAGUCUUUAACAUCAGCAGUCAGGAGCUUUUCAUCCCUGUUUUUGAGUUUGUUUGAAACUUACAGCUUAUCUCUUAUUCCUUUGUAAGUUUUUAUUAAAACCCUUUUGUAAAGGCAAUACUAGAAUUUUUAUAGCCGAGUCCUCAAUUUCUUAUUACUACUGCUUGGCUCUCUUAAAUAGGGCUAUGUAUAAAACUUGUCACUGAGGUUUUCCUACCUUUUUUGUAAACUCAGGGAAGCGUUUCAGCCCUGCUCUUUGUUUGAAACCAUUUAAGGUUUAUAAUUUCUUUAUAUCCUUCUGAGGAAACUGAUUAGUUCAGUGAAACGAGUUUUUGUAGCCGGCAUCUCGUGAAGUCUUUGUUUAAUUCUAGGUUAAUUUUUUCCUUUAACUUGAUUUUUGUUAUUUAAUCUAACUUCAUAGUCGGUUACUUCUAGUUUCAGGGAUUUUCACGGCAUUUCAUUUGUUUUUUUGCGGAACUGAGAAAUGGCACAAAACAAACGAAAUGCCGUGAAAAACCCCAACAUGAGAAGUGACCUGCUAGAAACAUUGCCUUGCGGAAAUAAACUAAAUAAUAAAAAAUUGGAAAGUUUAAGGGGAAAAUUAGAAAAACCCUAAAAUUGAAGAAAGCCUUAACGGGAUACCGGCUACAAAACCUCGUUUCGCUGAAGGAUUCCGUUUCCUCAGAAGGAAACGGAAAAAUCAUAAACUUUUAAGUGACCCAAAUUCAAAAAAAGGGGUAACCCCCCCCCCCCCAAAUUCUGAAGUAUUAUAAUCCUAGUUCGACCUAGGUAAAGCAAAACACAGUAAUAAAGGAUUGAGGACUCAAAAAGUACGGUUUCCAACACUGAAUUUACAGAAAAGCUGAAUGGCAAGUUUUAAACAAAGCCCAGCUUGAAGAAAGCAAAGCACAGUAAUAAAGGUUAAUUCUAGUGCUGCUUUUUAAAAAAGGUUUAAAAACCGAAAUGGCACAAAUUCAAAGAAAGGAAUAUAAGAUAAAGCCGUUUUAGAUUUUAAACAGACUCAAGAACGGGACUGAAACACUCCCAGGGUCUAGAUGUUACUGCUGAUGUUAAAGACUAAUACUGGGUGUUUCCAAUCACAGGUUUAUAUAAUAAAGGGUGAAUUUUUUUUGUAAAAGAGACAGGCCAUUGUUCAAACAAUGGGUGGGAUUGGUAAAAGUUUAAAAAAACAAAAAACAAAAAUGAUAUUGAACGGAGUUGUAGAAAAUUAUAGGUUCAAAAAUACAAGAAUAGUUUUGACUCGGUGCUGGCAUUCGAGUGAUAAAGGAACUAAAGGUGGACAACAAUUAAGGAUUUAUUAUGUUUUCAGAACGGCUUGGAAAAUUGAUAUAGAAAGGUUUAUUGUUUGGUGUACAUUCAGUUGUGAGAUAAAAUAUAUGCAAAGGGACUUGACAGGAAGUCAAAGUUGAAGAAAGGGUUUUGUAAGAUAAAAGGAGGGGAAAUAUUUCCUUUCGUUAUUAUCAUUUUGUCUGUGUGUGUGUGUACAUAUGUGUGUUUUCGUAUGGAAGGUUUGGGAGGAAAUAAGAUGGUAGAUAACAAGUAACCAGCUCAAUAUUGAUGUACGUCAUUUUUAUUUCUUAAAUUAUAUUUAGUGGUGGUAUGGUUGUCUUGUUUUUGGUAACAGAAAACCAUUCAAUAGAAAUUAUUUUUUUUUAAAAGAAAAAAAUUAUAAAAACGAACUAAAGUCAAUCUAAGCAUUGAGACCUGCCCCGUCUCGUUUCGGGUCCGGUGUUGCGUUGGGAUGCUGCCAGUGAAAGUCUUGCCAAUAAUCCGUAAACAGCCCCCCAUGUUGCAAUAUGGACGAGCCGAACAAAAAAACGCAGUGUGAUGGCCAAUAACAAAGGCGCUAAACGCUAUUUAUGGGCAGAAAUGGCAAAGUCUCUAAAUCUUCUUCACCAACGUAUCUUCGGCGGUCAGUCUUCUUUAUGGUCUAGCUCACUUCCAUACAUCACUACUGGGAAAACCAUAGCUUGAACUAUACAGACCUUUGUUGGCAAGGUGAUGUCUCUGCUUUGUAAGAUGCUGUCUAGGUUUGUCAUUGCUUUUCUCCCAAGAAGCAGGCGUCUUUUAAUUUCGUGGCUGCUGUCGCCAUCUGCAGUGAUCAUGGAGCCCAAGAAAGUAAAAUCUCUCACUGCCUCCAUUUCUUCCCUUUCUAUUUGCCAGGAGGUGAUGGGCCCAGUGGCCAUGAUCUUAGUAUUUUUGAGGCUGAGCUUCAGACCAUAUUUUGCGCUCUCCUUUUUCACCCUCAUUAAGAGGUCCUUUAAUCCUUUCUCACCUUCUGCCAUCAAAGUUGUGUCAUUUGCGUAUUUGAGGUUGCUGCUAUUUCUUCCGGCUUGGGCUUCAUCCAGUCCAGCCUUUGCGUGAUGAAUUCUGUAUAUAACUUAAAUAAGCAGGGAGACAAUGUACAGCCUGGUUGUACUCCUUUUCCAAUUUUUAAAUUUUUUAAAAUCAUUUUUAUUAAGUUCCCCAUUUUAACCAUCCAAUCAAAUUGCGUUGUUCUUGUUGUUGUUGUUGUUGAGUUGUGUCUGACUCUUUGUGACCCCCUGGACCAGAGCACGCCAGGCACUCCUGUCUUUCACUGCCUUCCGCUGUUUCGUCAAACUCAUGCUGGCAGCUUCAAGAACACUGUCCCACCAUCUCGUCCUCUGUCAUCCCCUUCUCCUUGUGCCCUCCAUCUUUCCCAACAUCAGGGUCUUUUCCAGAGAGUCUAUUCUUCUCAUGAGGUGGCCAAAGUACUGGAGCCUCAGCUUCAGGAUCUGUCCUUCCAGUGAGCACUCAGGGCUGAUUUCCUUCAGAAUGGAUACGUUUGAUCUUCUUGCAGUCCAUGGGACUCUCAAGAGUCUCCUCCAGCACCAGAAUCCGAAAGCAUCCAUUCUUCAGCGAUCAGCCUUCUUGUUGGUCCAGCUCUCACUACUGGGAAAUCACAUUAAAUGUUCCAGAUUAUACAAAUACGUGUCCAUUAGUCCAAAUAUUCUGCCUAAAUUGUAAAAAAAAUUGGUUCAAGUUUGGUUUGGGGCUACUCCUUUCCCAAUUUUGAACCCAUCGGUUGUUCUGUGGCCAGCCUAGGGCGAGGCUAAAGAGGAUCAAAACCUGGGGCCCACUUGCAUGUGCAGCUGCGACGCUCCCCCCUUUCUGUACGCACGCUGUCGCAUCCAUGCGAAGGCAGCAGGGGGGCUUUUGUUCCCGUGCCUUGCGGACAAGCGGGCUUCCUUAGGACCCUGUGCCCCUGUCUCCUGCUGCUGCUCCCUCCCCAGCCUCCUUGCGAGUCAGUUCCCAGCUUCACCCAAAGAGCGUGAAUCCGAGCUGGGUUAAGCGUCUCUCCCCGCCCAGACUUGGGGACCUCGGAGCCGAGCUGGUGGAAUUUCUUGACAGGGAUGGUUCCUCGCAGGGGCCACCUUUGCAGCUCAACGGCUAACAGAUUGAAUCCUGACAAGACAGAAGUACUGUUUUGGGGGGACAGGAGGCGGGCGGGUGUGGAGGACUCCCUGGUCCUGAAUGGGAUAACUGUGCCCCUGAAGGACCAGGUGCGCAGCCUGGGAGUCAUUCUCACAGCUGUCCAUGGAGGCACAGGUCAAUUCUGUGUCCAGGGCAGCUGUUUACCAGCUCCAUCUGGUACGCAAGCGGAGACCCUACCUGCCCAGAGUAGUGCGUACUCUGGUUAUCUCCCGCUUGGACUACUGCAAUUCAAUCUAUGUGGGGUUACCUUUGAAGGUGACCCGGAAACUACAACUAAUCCAGAAUGCGGCAGCCAGAUUGGUGACUGGGAGCGGCCGCUGAGACCAUAUAACACCGGUCUCCACCCCCAUCGUUCAGCCCGGACACUGAGGUCCAGCUCUGAGGGCCUUCUGGCGGUUCCCUCGCUACAAGAAGCCAAGUCACAGGGAACCAGGCAGAGGGCCUUCUUGGUAGUGGCACCUGCCCUGUGGAACGCCCUCCCACCAGAUGUCAAAGAAAAAAAGAAUUACUAAACUUUUAGAAGACAUCUGAAGGCAGCCCUGUUUAGGGAAGCUUUUAUUGUUUAAUAGGUAAUUGUAUUUUAGUGUUUUGUUGGAAGCCACCCAGAGUGGCUGGGGAAACCCAGCCAGAUGGGCGGCGUAUAAAUAAUAAAUUGUUAUUAUUAUUCAAAUCAAUCUUGAUUACGUUCUGAGACCUGACAAAUAGUUACAAAGCAAUGCACAAUUCAGACAGCCUGCCUGCAGGUUAAACGAGCGUUUUGUUCAAAAGAGUAGGGAUCCUUGGUUCUCACAACCACCGAUAAGAACCUUGCCACUGCUGAUGUUCUGGCAUUUGUUCAGUCUUCCAAGAGGAACCUGACAUAGUGAGCUCCUGAUUUUCCCGGGAAAAGGUACCAGCAAGAGGAAUAUCAGUUCAGCCCUGGUUUGCUCAUAUUUUGCACCGUGCAGCAAAAUAUGUUUUAUGGAAUCGAUGUCUUGAGCACACGAGCAAAGUCUGUCCUGGUAGGGAACUCCUCUCAACCUGCCAUCCAAACACUGCAGAAGGAAAGAUGUUUAUUCUGGCUUUGGUGAAAAGCCUUCGAUAAUUUGGGUACUGUCAGGUUUUUAAUGCAAGAUGUUAACUUAAAGACAUGCCCAUCUUGUACUCCUACUCCAGCAGACGACAGACUGCGUGUGAUCGAGAUCGCAAGUCACUGUGUGCAUUAUCCCAUAAUCUUUGCUUUAACGUCUUUAGGGCGCCUUCAUAACCCAGAUGAUGAUGAUGAUGAUGAUUUAUUUGUUGAAUUUAAUACCGUCCUAUACCUGGAGGUCUCAGGGCAGUUCUGGAACGGGAUCUUGGGUAGUUCCUGGAGGGCUCGCCUGACACCAAACCCCCUCCCUCCCUCCCUGCCCGCCUCCCCUCUACAGGUUCAGCGAAGAAGGGAUGGAGGUGAUGGAACGGCUUAUCUACCUGUACCGCAAGUUUGGCCAGCUCAAGGUCGGCAAGGAGGAAUACGCCUGCAUGAAAGCCAUCAACUUCCUCAACCAAGGUGAGCGUCGGGGGGGGGGGGCUUCCCUUCCUGCCUCCGCAGGAGGCGCCCUCUCUCUUUUUUUACUUGCAUUUUCAAAAAACAGGAACAGUGCAUAUUAUUACUAUUAUUAUUAUUAUCAUCAUCAUCAACUGAAUUUAUAUACUGCCUUACACCCAGUGGUCUAAGGGCGGUUCACAGAAAACUCCCUUCCCUCCCUCUGCCCCACUUCCAACUUCCUACCAGGUAAGCCCCGUAGAGUGCAGUGGGGCUUACCUGCGGGUGAGUGUGCGUAUGAUUUGAAGCAUGGCCACUUUGCCUGUGCAGAAGGGAUCUACUUCAUCCCAUAUUUUGGGGUCCCAGGCGGAACAACAGACCCACAUGGACCGUCUCCCUCCUGAACCUUACGGAAGGGCAGGUGUGCGCGUGAGAGUGGGGAGAGGCCACAUCUGUGCUCAGCCCUCAGCUGAGAGUGGAUCCGGGACCUCACUUGGGCCUGCGGAAUCCGAGUUCGAAUCCCUUUCCGAAAGGACAACUCUGGGGUUGCGCGCUCCAUCUCUAUAGGCCUAGGGAGCUGGCGUUUGUCCGCAGACAGGUUCCGGGUAUGUGGGCAGAAGGACUAAGCCACUUCUGGCGAACCAGAGCAGCACAUGGAAACACCGUUUACCUUCCCACCAGUGCGGUACCUAUUCAUCUACUUGCACUUUGGACGUGCUUUCAAACCUCUAGGUGGGCAGGAGCAGGGACCGAGCAAUGGGAGCUCACCCCAUCGCAGGGAUUCGAACCGCCAACCUUCCGAUCGGCAAGUCCUAGGCUCAGUGGUUUAGACCAGGCAUAGGCAAACUCAGCCAUCCAGAUGUUUGGAGACUACAAAUCCCAUUAUCCCUGACCACUGAUCCAGCUAGUUAGGGGUGAUGGGAGUUUAGUCCCAAAACAUUUGGAAGGCCGAGUUUGCCUAUUCAUGGUUUAGACCACAGCGUCACCCGCGUCCCUACAACUUCCCUUCCACACUUUUCCUGCUCCCUUUCCGACCAUCCCAUUUGUUACCGAAUCAAUACUCUUUUAUCAAUUUCAACUUGGCUGGAUAUACACAAAGCCUGCUAAGCUACGUUAUUUGUCUGUGCCAGUUCUUGAAAUAGUACAUGAACAUUAUCCAUUCCUUCUUAGAUUCCUUGUCUUCGUUUUCUCUUACCCUGUUCAUCAACAGGUUCAAACAUUUUACACUGCCAUUCUUCCUUAGUGGGUACUAGAUUUGUGCCAAUCUUCUCCCCUUCUUCUUCUUCUUCUUUUUCUUCUUCUUCUUCUUUAGCGAUCAGUUGUAGCCGAGUAAGAUUGUCUUCCAUAAAAAGGUGUUAACAAUGAGUCCGUAAGUGACUGUGGAGGCCAAUUCUGGAUCCACACGUCCUUCCACAGUGGGGACAUUAGUUUCCGGGCGGGAGUUGAUCACAGUGUGGAUUUACCAGGCGUGCCUUCCUCUUAGCACGUUUCUCCCUUGCGUCCUGAGUUUGAGUGUCUUUAAAGCCCAUGACACCUUUGGUCAAGACUGUUCUCCAACUGGAGUGCUCGCAGGCAAGUGUUUCCCAGUUGUCAGUGUUUAUACUACAUUUUUUAAGAUUUUCCUUGAGAUAGUCUUUAAACCUCUUUUGUUGACCACCAGAAUUACGCUUUCCAUUUUUAAGUUCGGAAUAGGGUAGUUGCUUUGGAAGACGAUCCAUCAGGCAUCCGCACAACAUGACCGGUCCAACAAAGUUGAUGUUGAAGAAUCAUUGCCUCAACACUGGUGAUAUUUGCGUCUUCCAGUACACUGAUAUUAGUUCACCUAUUUUCCCAAGUGAUGUGUAAAAUUUUUCAGAGACACUGUUUAUGGAAUCUUUCAAGGAGUUGGAGAUGGCGUUUAUAGGUGGUCCAUGUUUCACAAGCAUUUGGUAAGGCUGGUAGUACAGUAGCUUUGUAAACAAGCAUUUUGGUUUUCCUGCGAAUGUCCCGGUCCUCAAACACUCUGCACUUCAAUCGGGAGAAAGCCGUACUCGCAGAGCUCAAGCGAUUCUGGAUUUUGCCAUCAAUGUUGGCCCUUGUGGAAAGAUAACUGCCUAGGUAGGAGAAGUGAUUGACAUUUUCCAAUGUUACACCAUUGAGUUGGAUUUGUGGCACUGCAGAGGGGUUAUUUUGUGCUUGUUGGUGCAGCACUUUGGUUUUUGGGAUGUUGAGUGAUAGGCCAAGCUUUUCAUAAGCUUCUGCAAAGAUAUUUAGGGUGGUUUGGAGGUCAUCCUCUGAGCGUGCACACACUACGUUCUAGCUGUAGCGGAGGCGUAUAGUAGCACAGUAAACCCUUUUGUUUUUUGGGGGGACCUCUGUUGUUACUAUCCUCCAUCUCAAGUCUUUCGGGGAAAGUAUCUUUUUCAAUUCAUUAUUGCAAAAUUGCACCUGCCAGCCAAAGUCACUGGCUGCUGCCAAAAGGAAGCAGAUCUUCAAACAAGGUAAAACUAAAUCCAAAACUUGAGGACAUUAAAUUAGGAUUAAUUAAAAAUUGGGGUGGGGGGGGAACGGAAGGUGAAAAAAGGAAGUCAGCUUCCAUUCUCCGAGGACAAGCGCUGAAGAUUGCAAUUUGUGAACAGGAGAGGGAAAUUAAUUACAGCCUCUGGAUUUUUUUUUUUUAUUAUUAUUUUUUAGUUACAGGUAGGUAGCUGUGUUGGCUUGCCAUAGUCAAAACAAAAUUAAAAAAUUCCUUCCAGUAGCACCUUAGAGACCAGCUAAGUUUGUUAUUGGCAUGAGCUUUCGUGUGCAUGCACACUUCUUCAAAAACAUUAUUCAGGGUUUUUCUGGUUAAUCUUUUUCUGCACGUUCUGACAUUUAAAAACUUUCCAGCUCAGUGGGCUUAAUGGACUUAAUCUGAACUUGAUUUUUAUUCUCCUUUGAGACAUAUUUACUAACCGAUUGGUUCAAUCGGAGGAGAAGCAGACAGAGACAACAGAACAUAUUUUUUUUGACAUUUCUGCCAAUCUGGUGGGUGUUAAAGACCAUCUGGGAACCGCCCUGAGACCUCCAGGCAUAGGGUGGUAAAUGAAAAUAAUAAACUGUGGGCCGUUGUCGUGUUUUCUUUGAUCGCAUAACAAGGCGUAAAAUUCAUAUCUCCCCCACUCAAUAAUUCAUAAUCAAUAUUGUGACCUCCUCUCCCUCGCUCAGCCUGUGCGCCCGGUGUCUCUGGCAUGGACUGGAAUGGACAUUGUAGGAACUGCAGCCCCUGUUCCCUUCGAGCGGAGCUGGGACCGGCCCUUGGCAGCUGGAAUUGGGAAAGCCCCACCACAAACUUCUCUCUCUCUCUUUAAUGUGAUUUUUAUUAAAUUUUCUGCUUUACAAUUUCAGAUAAACAUUUUACAUACUUAAGAUCUCAAUGACUUCCCUUCUUCGCUUUCCGUGUUUCAUUCCAUAUCUUAGAUCCCUGCAUAUUUUACCAAAAAUAUACCCAUCAAGUUUUCCAUUAUUUACAUCCAUCCAAACUUAUUUACGCUGUUGAAUUUAUCUUAAUGCGGACAGCAUUUUCAGCUACACACAAUUAUUUUCCCUAUAUUUUCCAUAUAUUCAGUAAAUGUUGUCCAAUCUUCUUUAAGUAUAAGCUCUUUCUGUUCCCCUAUUCUAUAUGUUAAGUCUGCAAGUUGUGCGUAUUCUGUCAACUGAAGUUGCCAAUCUCCUUUGGUUGGCACCUCGCUCAUUUUCCAUUUUUGGGCUAACAAAACAUGGGCCGCAGUAGUAGCGUACGUAAAUAUCCUUUUCUGACACCUGGGAAUUUCAGUCUGAAUUAUCCCCAACAGAAAGGACUCUGGUUUUGGGCGUUAAAGUAAUUUUAAACAUGGUUUUCAAUUAAUUAUAAAUCAUUUCCCAAUACCUUUUUAUGGCCUCGUACUUCUCACUCCUUCUGUGGGACUAGGGGCCAACUCCUUUCCCUGUCCGCACAGACAAGAGAAAACAGGAUUAUCAACCCUCUUGCUCUCCUCCUGCCAUCUGGAGACAUUGUGGGGCUGGCAAGACACAUCUAUAAAUGUGUGGGGGUCUGUUGGGAACACCAGCUCUUGGCUCUAGGGGGAGGCAGGGGGUUUCCUUUCCUCUCUCCCACCUACUGCUGCUGCUACUACUACUUGCCCUUACUCUUCUGCGUUCGGGCAGCCUGGCCCAUGGGGGAUUUCCACAGAGUCAGAUUUGCUUCACGGCCUUGCAUACAAAGCCAGCGGACAGGCGGCGUUUCAGCAGCCACACUGUGGGAAGGGCUGCCUGCCUGGGCCCAGCAAAGCGGCUGCCAGUUGGGUUCCUCCUCUUUGCCUCCAGCUUGUGCAUGGAGCCCCGGGUUUCCUUUGUGGUGGAUUCAGUAUACAAGACCCGCAUAUUGACUUUGCUUGGCCCCUCCCAAGGUCUCUCCUCCCUCUUUAGCUGGGCUCCAGAUCCCAUCAUCUGCUGGCCACACUGGCUGGUGCUCAGGGGAGUCCGGAGUCCGGCAGCCGUUGAAGGUCCCAGGCUCCUCCGGUCCAGACUGUCCGCGAUUUGGUCUCAGCUCCUGGAGGAGCUGCCCCAUGGCCAACCAACAGAAGUUGCUCUUGGGACUUGCUUCUGGGGCCCUUCCUCUCCUUCUCGGCCCCUGCACCUUUUAUCGGCAUCGUGGCAGUUGGCGGGAGGGUGGGGAGUGGGGACGGGGCGGUUGCUCCUGCCCCACUCGUCACAAGCGUGGCUUCUUCUGCUCAGAUAUCCGAGGCCUGACAAACGCCUCCCAGUUGGAGCAGCUGAACAAGAGGUGUUGGUACGUCUGCCAAGAUUUCAUGGAGUUCAAGUACCCGCACCAGCCGAACCGGUUCCCAGAUCUGAUGAUGUGUUUGCCGGAGAUCCGAUACAUUGCAGGUGGGACUCUCUCAGUGGUCGUUCUGGUUCCCCUGCCUCGUGAAGCUUGGAGGGAGACGCUUCUCUCCGGCUGCACUGCCAGCGUGUGGGAUCCUCCUUCCCACCUUCAGAAGGGCAGUCCAGGGCGGCUGGUGGGCAGCUCCAAGGGAGGCAGGGAGGUUGCUGAAACAAGCUGCUGAAACAAACUAAUAGCUCAUCUCUCAUCCUGGAGGCCGUGGGGCCAAGCAGAUGCCCACCAUGGGAAACCCAGAAGCAGGGCCUGAGCGCAAGAGCCCUCUCCCCUUGGGGGCAGAGGUGGAGCCUAGCCACCCUGAAGGCAGCAAUGCUUCUGAAUGCCAGCUGCUGGGAGCCGCAGGGGGAGAGAGUGUUGUGGGUUUGCCUUUGGGGUGAGCAGCCUGCUGGACUCGGGUUGGCCCCGUGAGGCUGACCUGGCAGGGCUCUUUCAUGCCGCCUUCGACACGGGGCAGCUAACCAAGAUUGUGUUCUUGUCUUGACAGGGAAAAUGGUGAACGUCCCGUUGGAGCAGCUGCCUCUCCUCUUUAAGGCUGUUCUGCACUCCUGCAAGGCCAGCGUGAGCAAAGAGUGAGCAGCCGCCUCUUUUCCCCCUCCCUCAGGAGUAGGAGGAGGAGGAGGAGGAGGAGGCACAUGCAAUUGAUGGAAUGGCUGCAGCUGGGCAGUGGGUAGCCUUGCUGUUGCGGCAGGAAUCUUUGUGGGGUUGGUUGCUUGGUUUCCUCUAUUUUUCUUGUUCUUUUUACUAUUUUCCUAUGAUAUUUAUUUCACGACAAAGUUGAAUGUAUGAUCUUCAACCCCGUGCACAGCAUUCCGUCCGAAUGCAGCCAUUGAGUCCUCUCACAGUUUACAGAAUGUGAAGAUGUUUGUUAACAGUGUUUUUUAGGGUUAGACCUCUUUUUUUUUACCAGGGCUGGAGGCUGGGGCCGAUGACUUAAGACUACCUCAAGGAGAAGGUGCUGGGCUCCUCUCUUUCUGUGGGACCUACACACAAAGUGUUCGUUAUGUUGGGGCAGUCGGCCAUUCCUUGGAGGCCGGAAUCUGCUCUCCCCUAGAGAAGUGCCAAGUGCGGUGGCUGCCCCCCUCCUCCCCCCCCUUCUCAAUUGGCUGCCCACAGAGCACCUCAAAUACACACCCCACCUGCUUGAGGUCCCUCUUGGCACUCCAGAUCCAGCAGCCAUUAACCCCUCACUUUACCACAAAAACGCAAGGUUGCAAGGAUGAUGGCUGAGUCUCAGCGGGUGAGAUGGCAGCCCCUUCCUCAUGCAGUCUGAGGGGUCUGCUCUAGACUUUCCCUCUCCCUGCCCGCCACCUGCGAAAGAAAGCUGGGACAAGCAGGGAGGCAGCUCUGUGGCCUUCAAAGGGGAAAUGAGUUUCCGGGUUCCCUCUGGACACCCCUUCAAACUGUCAUUCUUAGCCUUCAGAAAGGGGCCCUCGCAAGACUCCCCCGGUUGCGAUUGGUCUUCGCAUGGUGGGAGGCUCUCUCCCCUAUUCACACUCAGUGGGCUCUCCAGUUCCCAGAGGCCCCUCCUCCACCACCCAUGUCACACUCCUUCUUAGCUCCAUGCUUCACAGAUGCUCACAGCAAGAGGCUUCUCUGUGAGUGUCUUCCUCUACGGCCUUCAGGCGGGGGGUGGGAGCCCCACACACUGGCUAACGGCUGCAGUUGGCAGGCACAAUCAGAGGCUGGAAAGGACUGACCUGAAGUAGCCCAUCUCACCUGUUCAGCCCGUCUCAUAAGCACACGCAGAGGCAGUCCCAGUGUUGCUGCCACUGUCAGCGCCCCCCAACCUUGCAGUUUGCUGCCCCCCGCUGCACCCUGUUUACAUUUGGAGGCUUGGCAUAUUUCUAGGGGAGAUCCUGAUACAGAUUGGCCUGGGAAGUGCAAGUGGGAAAUGCGACUGCAGAGUGAGCACCAGGGAAACUCACAGGCCCCUCCCCACUGCCAGCCCCGCCUACAGCUCCUUUGGACCAUUGGCAUUUGCUUUGUGGGUGGGGGGGAAUGUCACCCACAGGGCUCGCUCUCUUUGCUUAACUUCCCCACACUCAACGCUGCUUUUGCUGAUUCCAGCAAGGUGAAACGGGUAAAUUGCCCUGCUGCGGCCAGCGCUCUGUGGCUUUUUGUGCGUCACAGACCGGUGUCACUGCCCUUUUGCUUUUCCCAUUGGUCCAAGUAGCAUUUGUAACCCCCCCUCCCCGCCACUUUGGAAAGCCUUCUGCUUUGACACGAUAUACCUCAAGGGGCGGUGGGGGCGUGCAAGUGCUGCGUUCCCUAUCUGCCCUUCUGUCUGUCUGCCUGUAUGUUGUCUGUGUCGCAAAACUAGAAAGUGCUGCCUGCCAGGACAUUGGUGUUAUUUUUGUGUUUUGUGUUUUGUCUUGUUUGGAGGGGGGGAGAGCUGUCCACAAUACCUCUGAUUGACCCAUUCAUUACCUUCUGGUUUGCUCCUUUUACGUAGCAGGGAUUCUAUACAUUGCACAAGACUGCGGAGUCUAGCCCAUCACUCGACAUUUCAUAGAAACCUCACAGAUCUGUGACCAUGGGAUUUUUCAGGACCCCUCUGCUGUCCCCACACCCCCUCCCCUCCUGCAUAUAUUUCAAAGGUGACUUGACUCAGGAAGGAGAGAGGCAUUGCAGCCUGUGCAGGAGGGGGGGUGGCUGUGUGAGAGGACGCUCCGCUGGCCAUUGUGUAAGCCCCCCCCCCCCCCAUUUUGCCUCCGCAUUCACAGCAUCCCUCCGUUGACACACAAAAGCCUCUGUUUAUCUCUGGGAGCAGGGAGAGCCAGGCUGAACUCAGGCGCAAGCCAAAGGCUAAUGCAGUGAGCCAGAAGGUAACUCAUUGGGCUGUCGUUAAUGCCUCCCGCAACCAAGCCCGCUGACGGCUUGUUUGGUUUUGAAACAGGGUAAAGUGAAUGUAAUGCUUUGCGGACUCAGGUAUUAUGUGAAGAAAAUAGGAACUGUAGCUUAGAGACGUAGGGACCGUAGGUCACUCAUUUAGAUGGAUUUGUGAAUUUGGUUUGAAGGACACUGUACAAAGGUUGGAAUUCUCUUUCUGUGCUAUCUUUUGUUCAAUGGUCAUUUUGCAAAAACAAAAGGGGGAACUGUAUAAUAACGUGCUUAAUGCUGUGUGGGAGAGGAGGGGGAGAGGAGAGUUCUGCUAUUUCUGGUUUCUCCCCUGCUGGGGCCCCGCAGCCCACCUGCCACAGGGACAUCCCUGCUGCAGUUUGUCUGGGCUUUUUUCUUUAGCAUGAUUGAUUGGUUGAGUUUAUUUGUUUGCUGCUUUUCUGCAGUGAACUGAGCCCAAAGCGGCCUACAGUAUACCAAAUAUACUGAAAUAAAGAGCAUGUCAGUAAAAACCCCAAAAUGACAAUAGUCCCAGCAAUUUGGCAAAUGCAGAAUAAAUUCAAUAUUACCCCCCCCCCCAAAAAAAUACCUAGGCUUAUUAAAUACACAAAUACAAAACAGAAAUGGAAGUUUACUGGCAAUAAAGUUUCUUACUGCUCUUCCAAGAAGCCUGGCUUAAUGCAGUUUGGAGGGGAGGGGCAGAUGGCAUUCAGCUGACUCCCACAACCUUACUCCAGAGGAGGCUGGCAGCAGCAAAAGCCAAAUGUCAGGGAGGGCAAUGAUGGCAGGUCUCUCCCCCGGCUUCCUGGAAGUACCAGUUGCUGGUGCAGGUCUUCCUGCAGGUUUCCAGCCUAUUGCCACUCAUUUUGAAAGAGAGAGAGACUAUUAAGUCCCUCCCCCCUCCUGUACCUGAGCACCCCAAGAAAAGCCUCCAGGGCCACAGCACAAGCUUCUUGGGCCCAUUGUGACCAGGAAGACCCCCAAAAGCCGCCCAGUUGCCAUUCUCCCCCUCUCCCCCUUCUUCCCCCAGCUGAGCAGGGAGGCUUGGAAUUCCCCUUUUGCCAUUCAGUGGCAGUCCUUCAAACCAACCUUUCAUUUUGUUUUUGUUUUGUUGCUGUUUAUAAACUUGAACUACUUUUUACCUUUUAAAUUUUUUUUUAAAAUUUCUAAAUAGGAAAACAACCAAAAAAAGGGGUGGGGUGGAGGGGGACCCAUCAAUGCCCCCUCCCACCCCCACCCAUCACUGCGCUGCCACCGCCUGCUCCCCGCCCCUUGCCUCCGCCAGCUCUGCAGCUGUGAGUCUGGGGAGACCAAGGUGGCAGUGGCCUUGCUCUCUUCCUCAGGCAGGAGGGGGAGAGGGUGGGGGUGGCAGCUGAAGUCUGGCGCGGAUAUUUUUGUAUCUCAGGUGAUACCAGCCCAAAGUGAUGCUCCACCUUGCGGCAGCAACCUGAGGGGUUUCUCUGGGUUCUCUGUGCGCCCUUUGUGCCGCACGCAGAAGCUCAGGGAUAUGUAUUUAAACUGAACCCAGGGAAACCCCCCUGCUGCCCCUGCCCCAGCAGGAGGGGGCUCUCUUUCCCCAGGCCUGCUUGGGGCCUUGUGCCCCCUGGCAUUGCCUGGGGAAGGAGCCCCUGUCUGGACUUGAACCCGCCCUGCUCGGGGCACCCAUUGACCUCAACUGAGCCGCCUUUGCGAUAGAUGCAUUCUUUCUUUCUUUCUUUCUUAAGUAUGAAAAUGUUUUGUACUAGUUUGUUGAUAACAUUAUUGACUCAGUUUCCAUAACAAAACUACCUCUUGUGUGACAUCCUGUUUAUCAUCUCAAAGGGAUUGUGCUGGGGGAAAAGAAACAAAAAGAAAAGAAAUCCCUCCCCCAACUUUGGAAAAAACCUAAAAUAACCCUGCUUCCUCUUUGUACAUGUUUCUGAGUGGAGAUGCAACAGGGUUUUUUGGGGGGGGGAGGGGGAGAUGCUGCUUUGUCAACUUCUCCAGAGAUUCUCCAUUCCUCAGUGCUGCUGCAGGAGAAUUCUUUGCCCCCCCCUCCCCCCUUGGGGCUGCGUCAGAAGGAGGUAGCAGGAUGCAUGGGGGUUGAAUGAAGGGAAGGGACACCUGGGAUCUUGAGCAGAGUUGUUAGAGAAGAGACGCAAGACCACCCUCCCUCUGCAGCAGCACGUGGAGAGCGGGUGCUCUUGCCAGCCUGAGCCCAAGGCUGCAGGCCCCCCUCCCACCCUACACGCACCCAUGGCUCCUGCCACCUCCUUCUGCCCACCCUGCUGACUUUUAGACCUGCAUCUCCAUGCCCCCCCCCCCGCCAUGGGCAUCCUGGGACUCUCCCAGCCGGAGGGAGGAAGGGAGGGGCAGCAAUGCCUGGACCAAACAGCCUGCAGCGCGUUUCCCCUACAAUCCCGUGUAAUAAAUCAGAGACGCAGGGUGUCACUGCAACAUAACAAAUAGUGAAUGUUUAGCUGUUAUGUUUCAACAUGCCUGGAGCUGGAGCAUCUGCACUGCUGGGAAGCCACUCGCCCGGUGGUGCCUCCUGCCUCAGGAGGUGUUGACAACAACAGUGUUCUGACCGGGUGUAGUUUUGGCCGUGGGGCCGGCGCCCCUCGCUUUCGCCCAGCAGCCUCGGCUCCAAAGUUCUAUUCUGUGACUUGACUACCUGUGGAAAUGUGACCAAUAAGUGUUAAACGCAUGUUUAGCAAGUGUUAGAUCUUUGAACUAAUAAAUGUGAAAUGGUUCUGCACUGCUUGACUCUUGAGUGUCCUUUCUUUUGCUUGCUUGCUUGCUUCCGUGUCCCACAGGUGCCGCCUCCACACGCGCGCGCACACAUCUCUACCUGGCAGUCAAUGUCUUAGGGGAGGGGGUGCUUGGAGCAGGGGGUCUCUGCAGGCCGUGAGGUUGAAGGAGCUUUCACCAGUGCCGGCAGGAUGCAUCUCUGGCAAUCUGGAAGCUGCCUUUGGCCCUGAUGGUGCCCUCACAGCGGAGCACAGCAGGGUAAGGGGAGGCCAGAGAAAGGGAAGCAUGCCUUCCACCCGGUCCCUUUGGACGGGUCUGGCUCCCCUUUCUCCUGGCUAUCCAGAUCUCAGCCCAGGCUUUGACGGGGAGGUGUUAGGAAUGAGCAGCAGGUGAAAGGAGCAGGUUAUUUUAGCCCCUCUUGCCUUAAUAGCUGCCAAGCACCCUCUUUUACAAAAAAUCCAAUAUGCAAACAAACCUGACUGCAAAAACAGCCUUGACCAGAGCACUGCAGAGGGAAAGGAGAGAUCAGUUAAAGAUAUCUUGUGUUUGAUGAGAGAGCGGCAAGCCAUGAGGAGGGACUUGGUAUUUUUAGAUUUCUGUACAUCCUGGAGUGCAUACACCAGGGCCCAUUCAGCCGGGAGCAGGCGGCGCACUCACAAAGCCAUUGUUCGCCUCUCUGUGUGCGUCUGCCUGCCACACUGAGAUGGCAGUGGCCACGUCACCAAGUGAGCAGCUGCUGCUCCCCCCCCCCCGUCCGUGGGCUGUGCUGCCUCUCUGUUCCUUUCCCUGUUGCUUGGCGCUUCUGGAUUGGCCUAGUUAAUGGACCACAUAAAUGCAUUUGGGUUCCCUUUAUUCUUUUCAAAGCAGCCAGAGUAUGAAAAUCCCUGCUUUCUGCCAGCUGGGCCUGUGGCCCUACCCAGGAAUUAAAUGUGCCUUUGUUUUGCUAACACUCCAGGCCCCACAUUCCCUCGUCAGCAGAAUGUCUUUCCUCCCUGCUCUUUGGAAUUAAGUUUAGCCUCAGCACAUAGAAAGCUGCCAUUGCACCUUCUGUGCUGACUUGUGGCAGGCAAGGUAGUUAAGCAGGUGCCUCUCCCUGUCAUGCCUGCAGAGGCUUGUGACUCGAGGUGAGCAACACACUCCCCUCCUGUGGCUUCCAGCAACUUGUAGUCAGAGGCAUCGCUGCCUCCAGCUGGUGGUAGAGGAGAGCCAUUCUGGCUAGGAGCCAUUGAUAGCCCCCUCCUCCUCCGUGAAUUUUUCUGUUCCUCCUUAAAGCUUCCCCAAGUUGAUGCCCAUUGCCACUCCCGCAGGAGCAAAUUCCAUAAUUCCCUUACAAGUCUGUGGUCCUACGUCAGACUGUUGCGCAGCGCAAGGUUCUGCUUGCCUGCUCCCUCCCAGAAGACCAGCCAGCAAUCUUCAGGCCAAUCCCAGGCUACAAAUCGGCAGCCUGGCCUCCAGGUUGAGGGUGGUGGUGCUGGCCACCCACAGCCCGUUCUCCCCAGAGAUCCUUGAGGAGUCUUCAUAGGUCUGAUCCAGUUGCAGUAGUGACAGGAGGCUGGUGGUAGUGGCUUGACGUUUGCUUCUUCAGGCUUUCCUGCUGCCCCCACCCCAGCAAAAGCCAAGCUGUGCAGAGGAGGGAGAAGUUGGGUGGUGCGCAAGAGGUGUUAACACUCUUUGGCUUGAUCUCUUUAGGUCCCAGAGCGGCUCUCGGAUGUAG